UGAUACGAUCGGCGUCUAAUUUAUUUUUUAUUAGUUGCGACGAUUUACUUGCUGUAGAUGUGCGGGCUGUCGUAGAUCGCUAUUUGUAAUCUUUGAUCGCUAUAUGAUAUUGAUAAUGAUCAUAAUGAUUAAUCUGUGGCAGUGAGGAUUUUCAGAAAUACAGAAAUAAAACUUUGUAAAAAAGUUAACUUGCAGUGAGGAUUUUCAUAGAAUAAUAAACUUUGUGAAAAUUGAAAUCAAUUUAGAAAGUCUUGUAUCUUACAUAAACUUAUAGUUUAUAAAUAUAGUGUGACCAAAGACCCGUGUCAGUUGAGGACUAUUGUAUUCAAGACGAAAAACUACACCAAAAAUGCAUUGCUGCGUGCCUUUCUGUGAAAAUACUUCAGACAAUGACAAUGGAAUUACUUUUCAUGGAUUACCCAGUGAAGGAAAUCUCCGUACUGCUUGGCUCAGAGCCCUCGGCACACAAGACCACCACCUGCCCGACCCUGCUGUGGUCUGCUCCCAGCACUUUAUAGAGGACGACUUUUAUGAAACAAUGAGUAGUGUGAGGCAGAUUCACUCUCAUGCUAUUCCUUCAACAGUGCAGGUCAGUUUAGUGUGCAUGAUAUGCCUGGACACUGACAGCAAGCUGUCUCUAAUGAGUAAACACAAGUUGGAGGAGGCAUAUGAACAGCUAACUGGACUGUCUUUGUGUGGCGGAGGGAACCUGAAGCAAACACUCUGUGUGCUGUGUGCUCAGAGAUUGAUUAACUUCAGUACAUUUAGAGACUUGUGCUUGAGAUCCCAUACACUGAUGACUGACUUAGUUGAACAACAUGAGUUUAUUACUUUACUACAUAAACAAUUGAUGAGCCAUGCUACAAAACAAUUGAAGUUUAAUUUGACACAAACCACAUUAGCAGCUGAUCACUGUGACUUGUACAUAGAUCACACUGAUGGAGAGGAACAGACAGCAGCAGAGGAAUCUGUAGUGGGAGAUGUUGCAGUUGUGGUGAAGAAUCAAAACAGUCCUGACUCCAUGUCCAGUGCUGAUAACUUGGAGUUGGUACAUGAAGAUGACAAUCAGAGAGACAAUUCCAACAGUGACUGUGCAUCUGAUGAUGAGUACUCUGACAUGAUCAUACAGUUGAAGUCUGAGCUACUAGAUGAAGCUACAACGGUAACAGCAGUCGCUCCACUGUCCGCGAGACUUGCGGCAAACAACGAUACCAAAGUGCAGGCCACUGAAGAAGCAGGUGUGACCCAGAAAAGCGAACAAAUCCUCGAGACUAACAUUGGCGGACUGGACAACAAACCAUCUCAGAGCGGCACCAAAAUAUACACAGAUAUAAAUAGAUAUACAAAUUGUGUAGUACAGUUAUAUGAUAUUUUCAAGAUACCUAAGAAACCUGUACUACAUGACAAUCCACGUGUGAAAACUCACACUGGCGCGAAACUUUAUUGUUGUGAAACAUGCAACUAUAAAUGUGCAGCAAAAAGUAAAUUAGUAAUACAUAUAAGAACCCAUACUGGUGAAAAGCCUUAUUCGUGUAAGAUAUGCCAUUAUAAAGGUGUAGUGAAACAUCAUUUAGUUCGUCACUUAAGAACCCACACAGGUGAAAAGCCUUAUUCCUGUGAGGUGUGCAAUUAUAAAUGUGCACAAAAAAGUGACUUGAAAAUACAUAAACGAAUCCACACUGGUGAAAAGCCUUAUUCUUGUGAAAUAUGCUUUUAUAAAUGUGCACAAAAAAGUUCAUUAUUAAUGCACAAACAAAUCCACACUGGUGAAAAGCCUUAUUCUUGUGAGAUAUGUAAUUAUAAAUGUACACAUAAAAGUUCAUUAUUAAUUCACACUAGAACCCACACUGGAGAAAAGCCUUAUUCUUGCGAGGUAUGCAAUUAUAAAGCUACAAUGAAAUCUCAUUUAGUAGAUCACUUAAGAACUCACACUGGAGAAAAGCCUUAUUCUUGCGAGAUAUGCAAUUAUAAAGCUGUAGCGAAACAUAAUUUAGUUCGUCACUUAAGAACCCACACUGGUGAAAAACCUUAUCCCUGUGAGCUGUGCAAUUAUAAAUGUGCACAAAAAAGUGACUUGAAAAUACAUAAAAGAAUACAUACUGGUGAAAAGCCUUAUUCUUGUGAAAUAUGCUUGUAUAAAUGUGCACAAAAAAGUUCAUUAUUAAUGCACAAACGAAUCCACACUGAUGAAAAGCCUUAUUCUUGUGACAUAUGCUCUUAUAAAUGUGCACAAAAAAGUGCUUUAUUAAAACACAAACAAAGUAAACAUCAACAUAAAUUAAGAACCCACACUGAUAAAAAGCCUUAUUGUUGUGAAAUAUGCAAUUUUAAAUGUGCACGUAAAAGUUGGUUACUAUCACAUAAAAGAACCCACACUGGUGAAAAGCCUUAUUCUUGUGAGAUAUGCAAUUAUAAAUGUGCACGUAAAAGUGGCUUGAAAAUACAUAAUAGAAGACAUACUGGUGAAAAGCCUUAUUCUUGUGAAAUAUGCUUUUAUAAAUGUACUCAAAAAAGUUCAUUAUUAUGUCACAUUAGAACCCACACUGGAGAAAAACCUUAUUCUUGCGAGGUAUGCAAUUAUAAAGCUACAACGAAAUCUCAUUUAGUAGAUCACUUAAGAACUCACACUGGAGAAAAGCCUUAUUCUUGUGAGAUUUGCAAUUAUAAAUGUGCACGUAAAAGUGGCUUGAAAAUACAUAAUAGAAGACAUACUGGUGAAAAGCCUUAUUCUUAAGAAAUAUGCUUUUAUAAAUGUACUCAAAAAAGUUCAUUAUUAUGUCACAUUAGAACCCACACUGGAGAAAAGCCUUAUUCUUGCGAGGUAUGCAAUUAUAAAGCUACAACGAAAUCUCAUUUAGUAGAUCACUUAAGAACUCACACUGGAGAAAAGCCUUAUUCUUGAGAUAUGCAAUUAUAAAUGUGCACAAAAAAGUGCAUUAUUAAGUCACAUUAGAACCCAUACUGGAGAAAAGCCUUAUUCUUGCGAGAUAUGUAAUUAUAAAUGUAUACAAAAAAAUUCAUUAACAAAGCACAUAAGAACCCACACUGGUGCAAAGCCUUAGCGCUCGUGUACGAUGCCGCCACAGCACCGCUACGCUGUGUAUGAUGAUAUAUCCAAUUUUGAAGAACCUCUGACAGUCAUUAACUGUCCUUUAACUAAAAAAACUCAUACGAGCAAACAGAACAAAUACUCCAAAUUCUAAGAUACGAUUUCUUACCGAUAUACAUAUAGAGGUGUAUCAAAGGCUGACUGCUAUGUAACUAGCCCAGUGGAUAUGACCUCUGCCUCCGAUUCCGGAAGGCGUGGGUUCGAAUCCGGUCCGGGACAUGCACCACUAACUUUUCAGUUGUGUGCAUUUUAACUAGUUCGGAUAGGUGCACUCACAAAAUUUACCGUAAUUAUAAUAUUUUUUAUUGUAUUUAUACUUUUUUUAUACCUUUGUUUGUGUUUGCCAAAUAAAAAUCUUUCUUCUUUUCUUCUCUUAAUUAAAAAAAAUGCGGGUUCCAA